AAUUUAGUCUCUCCCUUCCCAAAGCAUCGAUAAAUCCUCUGGUUUGCUUUCUCCAACCAGUCCAUUUUCGCGAGCUUCCGUCUUCAAGAGCUCCUCGACCAUGGCGUCUUGCGUACAAGCAUCCAUGAAUUCUCUGCUACCACGCUCUUCUUCUUUUUCUCCUCAUCCUCCUCUAUCCUUGAAUUCAUCCGGGAGAAGGAACUUGAAGACUUUUCGUUACGCCUUUCGCGCCAAAGCCUCUGCUAAAAUCCCUAUGCCUCCGAUGAAUCCUAAGGAUCCUUUCCUCUCAACGCUCGCUUCUAUUGCAGCAAAUUCUCCGGAAAGACUUCUCAAUCGGCCGGUUAACGCUGAUGUGCCUCCGUAUCUUGACAUCUUUGACUCCCCUCAGCUCAUGUCUUCUCCUGCUCAGGUUGAAAGAUCAGUGGCUUAUAAUGAGCACAGACCGAGAACUCCUCCACCAGACUUGCCUUCUAUGCUUCUUGACGGGAGAAUUGUUUACAUUGGAAUGCCUCUUGUGCCGGCAGUGACAGAGCUGGUUGUCGCAGAGCUAAUGUAUCUUCAGUGGCUAGAUCCCAAGGAACCCAUAUACAUUUACAUCAAUUCCACAGGGACCACUCGUGAUGAUGGAGAGACGGUUGGAAUGGAAUCAGAAGGUUUCGCGAUCUAUGACUCUUUGAUGCAACUUAAAAAUGAGGUACAUACAGUAUGUGUGGGAGCAGCCAUAGGUCAGGCCUGUCUAUUACUUUCAGCGGGAACCAAGGGUAACCGGUUUAUGAUGCCACAUGCCAAAGCGAUGAUCCAGCAACCACGUGUGCCUUCUUCUGGGUUGAUGCCUGCCAGCGAUGUCCUGAUACGUGCCAAAGAGGUCAUAACAAACAGGGAUAUACUUGUGGAACUACUAGCAAAGCAUACUGGGAAUUCCGUGGAGACUGUAGCUAACGUAAUGAGAAGGCCAUAUUACAUGGAUGCACCUAAAGCUAAAGAAUUUGGAGUCAUUGACAAGAUUCUUUGGCGCGGUCAAGAAAAGAUUAUUGCGGACGUGGUUCCUUCGGAGGAAUUCGACAAGAAUGCUGGGAUUAAAAGCGUAGAACGAGUCUAGUUUCAAGUUUUCUUGGCUAAAUCACUGUGUCAAUGGAGAAGAACAAAUAGACUGACAAAAUCCACAUUGGCCGCAGACUGCCUUGUUUCAGAUCACUUGGUAAAUGUGAAUCAUGCGAUUAGGAGAAGCAUACUAAAAAGAAUCUUGAAAAUUAUAUGAUAAAAAUUGUAAUGUGUUUGUUCUUUAGCCAUAGUAAAUACAAUCUUCAACU